CUCGUCGGUCCCAACCGCACGAGACCCCAUCGCUCUCCACCGCCCCACCGCAGCCACUCCAGCGGGGAGCGCGCUGCCGGCUGCCGGCUGUCGGAGCUGUGCCCCCUCGCUCUGGGGGGACGUCAAUGGGACCAGCGGCUCGGUCGCCAUGGUGAAGCGAUGCACGGCGAGACGCCGCUGCCGACAGCGCCUCGCGCGGGGAGAGGGGACGGGCUGCGGCGCGGUGAUGGUGCGGCACUGGCUGGUGCCGCCGUGCGUGCCAAGCCCGGCCGAGCCUUGAAGCGGCAGGAGUCGGCGGCGGCUGUGGCGUCGGUAGUUUGGGCGGCGGCCGGGAAGCAGCCAUGAGGAAGCACUCUGCCAGGGUGGCGCCCGUCGCUGCCGGCACGGCCACCCGCGGCACCGGUGACGAAUCCCCGACCGAGGCCCGGACGGAGCCGGAGGGAGGGGAGGGCGCGGGGAGUCCGCGUUGCGACCGCUGCUGCACCCCCGAGGGCGCGCACCGCAGCGCGUGCGGCGUGGGCGCUCUGCUCGCCGUGGCCGCCUGCCUCGUCGGCGUGAGCCAACUGGCGCGCAUCUCCUCGUCCCGCGUCUACGCGCCCUUCUUCCUCACCUGGUUCGCCACCGCCUGGAAUGUCGCCUUCUUCCCCAUCUACUACCUGGGCCACGUGGCCAGCACCAGCGAGCGCCAAUCGCCGCUCAAGCUGCUACGGGAGUGCACGCGUCUGGUCGGCGAGGACGGCAUGACGGUGCGUCUCUUCCUCAAGCGGCUGGCGCCCUUCUGCACGCUCUGGGUGCUCACGCAUUACCUGUACCUGCUGGCGCUGCGCAAGCUGCCGCCGAGCGACGCGUCGGCGCUCUUCUGCUGCAACAAGGCCUUCGUGUUCCUGCUGUCGUGGAUCGUGCUCAAGGACAAGUUCAUGGGCGUCCGGAUAGUGGCAGCCAUCCUGGCCAUAGCCGGCAUCGUGAUGAUGGUCUACGUGGACGGCUUCCACCACGACUCCAUCGUGGGGGUGGCUCUCGCUGUGGGCUCUGCCUCCACCUCUGCGCUCUACCAGGUCUUGUUCAAGAUGCUUCUGGGAAGCGCAAACUUCGGCGAGACGGCGCAUUUCCUCUCGUCGCUCGGCCUCUUCAACAUCCUCUUCGUGUCGGCCGUGCCGGUGGUGCUGUACUUCACGCGUGUCGAGUACUGGCCCUCCGCCUCCACGCUGCCCUGGGGCUGCAUCUGCGGCAUCGCGUGCCUCCUGCUCGCCUUCAACAUCCUGGUGAACUUUGGGGUGGCGGUCACCUACCCAACGUUCAUUUCCUUUGGGAUUCUGCUCAGCGUCCCGGGCAAUGCAGUGACGGACGCGCUUUGCACGGACGUGGACUUCGGCUCGCUGCGCCUCCCCGCGCUGCUGGUGAUCUGCGUCGCCUUCCUCCUGCUGCACCUGCCCGAGGACUGGGACGAGGUGGCGCUGCGGCUGCUGCAGCGCCUGCGCGAGAAGAAACGCGAGGAAGGCGGCGCGGGGGACGAGCACCCCGAGCUGGGCAUGCUGUCGCGCGGAAAGAGCCGGGCCAUCGCCGCCUGCUGAAUGCACGCGGCGCUGUCGGCGGUGGCGGAGCCCGCAAACGCCCCGCUCCCUCCGACGUCUCAGCUCUCUCCCGCGCGCGCCGUAGCUCGGCUAUGCCGCCGUUGCCGCUGCCGCUGCCUGGGGGGCGUCGUAACGAUAAGCGGAGGUGUCGAGUCUCGUAGACGCACGCUGCGCGGCAGCGCCCUAGCGCGGUUGGCACCGGAUCCUGACGCAAGAAUGGAUGGGAACCCCCCCCCCCCCCACUACUCACCUCCCUUUUCGUAGCCCGGCACCUGGGUCCCUUGCGUCUGUUGUGUAGGGCCUGGCGUGCAACGCCCACACAUUUGAAAGCUGCGCCACCGUAAUGUGCGUUAGUCAGCAGGUGGUGAAGCAAGGUUCGCCGGGACGCACGGCUCAGCAGCGACGCUUUGUCGCGAUGCCGUCGCUUAACAUCGCAACGGGACGAACUCCGUGCGAUACGGAUGAGCUGGCUAAGUGGCAAUGGGGAAUGUAUCUCAGUGGGACAGCAGCACGGCACUGGGUCGGUGGUUUCACCGAAGCACAACUUCCUCCGCGUGCCACCUUUGUUUUCGCGUUUGCAUCUCCGUCCGUAAAUCACGGGGUCUUCAUCACUGACAACCGAUAAGCAAUACGCGCAGAGGUGAGGCUGGGUAAAUACGUCAUGAUACAAUAAUGACUUACUUACCCAGCAAAGCCACGUCGAGUCUGAAGACAUAGCAGGGUCCUGCAUUGUUUGGUCUACACCAGUGACGCAUGUUUUUAGCUUUGGAAGGGACCCGGGGGACCCUGAAGAAACCCAUUCAGAGCAGGGGGAGAACAUACAACCUCCACACAGAGAACGCACUUGGCAAGCGUUCCAUUGAGCAGCCCAUCUCUUGAACCCCAAAGCUUUGCCACCGAGGGAGAGAAUUCACGCUCUUUGGCUUUCACCGUUUGGUUCCUCAGAGCCGACUGCGAUCGAAUCGAGCGCGGACGUAGGGCCACCCAGAGCGAAGGGCAAAAGGGGGUGAGACUUGCCCUGGGCUUCACGCAAACAGAGGGCCCCACAAUCGCGUGUGUGGUUGAUGGAAAAAGAGAGGUCCGCGUGGCAUUCUGCCCGGGGUUUCCAGGAGCCUCUGGGAGGUCCUGCGCGGUAGGCUCAUCCACUGCUGGCUGAGUGGAGAUGAUCAGAAACGUCGACCGUAACCCAUCAACCCAUCAACCCCGCCACCGGCAGAGAGAAGUUCUGGCGUUUUGAAGUUUGUCUUUAGAAUGUCUGAGCAGGGCACCCCUCAUCGAGAGGCUGCAAAGAGAGAAUUUAGUUCACGAUUCGUUUCCGAGGCCACCGAUUGAUCCGUGGGUAUCCGCAUUUCAAAAGUGUACAGUGUUCAACGCAGUCGUUACGCAGCAGUGCAGUCUGUAUGCGACGCAUGAUUACAGGCACCUAACAGCUGCUCAAUGUGUGUGUGUUUUUUUACGAGAAGCGUACCAGGUUUUAUUUUGACAGAUGCAGAGGGGGGGCGAUGUCGGGAAAGCACAUUUGUGAGAUGAUAUUGUUUUGCCUCCUGCAGAAGAAAGAGAGAGCGUUAUUUCCUGAGCCCAGUUCGAUUUUGUUUUGUACAUGACAACAGUUCUCUAACACAGCAGCAACAUAAUACUUCUCUUAUCGAGGACACGAACCGAAUUUGUAUAAAACUGUAUUUAAAUAAAUAAUGGUGAGAAAACCCGUAACUGUAUUGCAUUAAUGCAAGAUAUAUUGGGGAGGGGCUAUUUUAAUUACCUGGGCAAUGUAUGAGAUUACAGUUGAAUUCUCAUCUCGGUUUUGAUCUGCAGGGAUAAGCAAUACAUAUGUAUACACACACACACCGUGUAAAAUACGCAACACAGCACUUUAUAAAUUAUAUAUAUCACUGAUUUUAGGGCUAAGAUGAAAACAGAUUUGAAAGCGAUGCUUCAUGAGCCACACGAUCAAUAUAUAUUUAUUGCACGGGCAUCACGAGCAUGGGCCAUUUCCCGUGGCUGGGUGGGUCUUGUGGCAGAUGAAAAAUCCCCUGGUUAGCGCCAUCUCGAAGCCAGUGUCGUGCCCAGCCUCUCCAGACCUUUGACCUCCGUGGUGACCGUUUUGCCACCCAGCGGACAAACUACGUUCACAGUGUAGUGAUGUACAUGUAAUUUUUUUUCGCCAAUAUUUUUAUCUCAAUUGUGCUGUCAUUUUCAUACCAUGAGACAAAGUGUCCAUUCGGAGCUCUCACUGAGCAGAAUAUCUCCCCCCACACCACAUAUUGGAAAACGGCCCACAGAAGUGGAUAUCACAGAACUCCAGUACUUUCGAGUUCCCUUCAAGUGGCAUAUUUUGAAUACUACGGGCACUGCUUUUUGAUGCGCCAUUCGAUAUACGAUAGGCAAUGCGGACGUUUUAUGGUUUUUACAGAUGAGAUUUUGACACAUGAAGAGAAGAACCACAUUUAAUACGAUGGGUGUCUGUGCAGUCAUUAGCAAGACCAUCAAAGUGCUAUAGAGAAACGAGUUUAGUCACAGGCGGCUGAAUCCCACACUCAAGCCCAGGAAAUCAGUGUUGCUGGCUCAGUGAUCUAAACCCAGAGCCACCCAGCCACCUCUUGUAUUGAUGUUUUUAGAGUUUAUUUGCCAACCCUGGUCUGAUGAAUGCAGGCCAUGUGACACUCCAGUAGAUUUGUGCACAAAAGUGACCGAAGGUGGAGUUUUUUAAAAAAAUUCCACAUUCUGAGAGCUGUCGAUAGAGCCUGAAAAUACUUUACACUGAAACCACAGUGUCACCGCCACGCUACGGCACACGAAGCACGCAGAAAUGUUUUACAACCCUCUAACGGAUCGCGCUGUGAUGCUGUCGUGGUGUAAUAGUCGGCACACUGCACUUGCAAUCCAGAGGGCGCCGGUUCGAACUCUGGAUUGCAAGUCAAUUCCCCGCCGUGGUAGUUCACACAAUGGGCAAGUUUCUAGAAUCCACCCACCUCUGGCCAUCCAGCAGUAUGAAUCAGUACACGGCAGGUAGAGCCCGACGGAAAUUCGGUUUCGGUCUCGGCGCCGAAAGUUGGCAAAUUGCCUCUUUCGGCAUACUUUCGGUUUAGGCCGAAAGUCAAUUUUUAACUUUCGGCUUUGGCCGAAAGUAAAUUUUUAACUUUCGGUUUACUUUCGGUUUCGGCCGAAAGUCAAUUUUUUACUUUCGGUGUGGUUUCGGUUUCGGCCGAAACUGAUAUUGACUUUCGGUCGUCAUUCGUCAACCGCAUCUCUAUUUUUAGAAUAUAACGCUAGUGCUACGUCUAUCACUCUGCCUAUCGACCGGUCAGUCGGCGCUAGGCAAUCCUAUGCGAUAGGCUUCGGCCGAAAGUAAUUUUUGUACUUUUUUUACUUAAUUUUUGUAACUUAAUUUUUUACUUUAAAGUAUUUUUUUUACUUUCGGUCUGGUUUCGUUUUCGGCUGAAACCAGAAAUUCAGUUUAGGUCGGCCUCUAACGAGAGGUGAUCAACAGGUCGCGCGUGUGGUGGGAUAAAGUGUGGGUACGCCCACCUCUUCCAAGACAUUCAAUCAGCGUGGAAGAGCAGGCCAAAUACCCUCGAGCGGGGAUCUCUGAGCGCCCCCCCCCCCCCCCUCCAACGAAGGUCGAUCCACCUGCGUUGGCAUAAGGCAGAAAUUGCAGGGUUGCACCUUUACUGUAGUCGACUUUGCGGACUCAUCCGCAAAGUACCGUGCCAGCGUAAGUGGCGUGGGGAAAUCUCGCUGUGCCGCACUGGUGCAGAGCCAGCCGUUAAUCGUCGUGGCUCUAGAUUGGAUUUUAAAGAUUUAGAAUCCUCCAUCGGGAAAACCGCUGACCACAAACAAAUGCAGCAAAACGAGGGUAAAAGCCCCACGCGUUUUUAACCAAAAACAACGCUUAAAGAUUAAAGUGCAUUUUUAUACGUAAUAUUGAUUAAUUUAAGUAUGUUACUUUUUAACUCCGUAUAACUCCAGGAGUCUGCAUAUGAGUUCACAAUUCGCAGGCAUGUGUUCCUAGAGAGCGUGAUUUAUAUGCAGGAUUUAGAGUUCAAUCAAUAGACUCUCACAGUGUUCCUGGAAAGCCUGGUGCCAAGUCCUGCACAAGUAAUUGUAGUUUCCUCUACCCUCAUCUUCGGAAAGCAGACAAUGCAACACAGUUACCUUGAUAUGUGCGUAUACGUGCGCGUGUGUGUGCCUUUGUACAAAUACACACACACACAGUCGGGUGAUUGUAAUGUAUUGUCGCAAUGGAAGUGUAAACGGAUGUGAUGGAGGGGUCCGGACAUCAUGAAAGAGAAAAUCCCCCGCAACUUUAAGGCAGGGGUUCAAAGAGUUCCGGGACUUUAACUCCGAAUAUAACACAAGACACAGCAAGCCCGUGCACGUAAAGCAAUGCCACACCGAGGUGGCAGACGGACUGACAUACCCAGAACAGACACUCACACGGAGAGUAAUAAUUUAGAACAUUUGGUAUUAGCACCAGUCUGAAAACGCAAGGCUUUACGAAGGCGCUGUAUCACAGUCUGCAGUCGGUUCGGAGUAGGGGGCGAUGUCGCUAACGUGUACGGUUACAAGUACAUUCUCUAAUUUGGACCAUAACACCUGCACAUUGGCCUACUUUUCUCAAAUCACGCCAUGGGAUCUUAAACACGCGCUGUGCAGCAGACGGCGUGUGUUUUACACGCAAUAUGCCCGUAGUCAUAACCUGGGCACUCCGUCGGAUAUGAACCUUGAAUCUCGAGAACAAGCGGCGAAUGCGCUCCCGCUGAGACACGUGACUGCCGCUGAACCCUCGCCCAAGACCACGAGCUGGUCAGGUCUUUGUUUGACGUGUGUGUGUGUGCGUAGGCCUCGGCAAGGUAAGGUAAUUGUACCAUUUUACCGGGUAAAAGGGUAAGGGUAAAGGUGUCGACAUGCCAAGGGGUAAGGGUAAAGGGUAGGGUAAAAGGUAGGCUCGUUGUUUUUACACUGUUACCUUACCUUGCCGAGGCCUAUGUGUGCGCAUUACCAGGUGGUGACACAUUCCACUGACUGCUCGAGAAAAAAAAAGACCACGAUGUGUCUAAGUUGCCGAUUGGGCAACACCAACAAUGACAGCGUGCGUGACAAACACGGUGCACACCAACUGGGGAGAGGGGCUUUCUUGCUUUGAUGUGUUGUGGUCAACGGGUGUUCACGAAAACCUGCCGAGAAAAGCACUGUGUAUUUGUGGCCGUGCGUGUGUGUGUGUGUUCAAGUAUGAAAACAUUGUUUUAACAGGGUAGUGCAAAUUUGUCAAUGUGUACGUGUGCAAGAUGUUGUCAAGCUGUGAUAAUUGUGUUAAAUGUUGCGAAAUGAUUGUAAUAAUGACCGUGUGUUUUUUUUUGUAUAUUUGUGCGAGAUAAAUUGUGGCCCUCGGUGGCUACUGACUGAUGACUGGCCAAAGCAAACCCUUCAUUCUUGAUUUGACGCUUUCGUGACUGCAGGAAUCCAUACUCUUUGGUUCUUUCGGUCAAGUCACGUGGGUAGAAAAAUAAUCAUAAUAAUAGAUCAAUACGUUUCGAUCGCCACAUAAGCGAUCGUCCUCGGGUGGGAUAUCCGAAAGAACCAAAGACUACAAACCCUUCAUGUCACGACACCCACGUUUCACCACAGGGCAUAGCAACACUGAAAUGCACGUUCCAGUCUGCUGAACGUUAACGUGUGCUCAUACAAUGUUAGAUGUCAAAUUAAGUGUUUUCAAGUUAAUUUAUUAUUAUUAAAGAAUGUGUAUAUAAUAUUAAGUGUGUACAUUUCUUAAAUUAUAAUUUAUUA